CUAGGGCAUUUCCUUGUGAGUCUCUCGAUCAUAAUAAUAACCCCUUUGACGCUUGCCAGCCUGCUGCUUCCUAGGUUGCAAGGAGAAAGCGCUGCAGCAGCUGCUGGCUGCCGAGCGAUGUGAGGCGGGGAGGCUCCCAGUUUGCCUGCCUGCUUGCCUCGCUCGCUCGCUCGCUCGCUCGCUCUCUCCUCCUUCUUCCCAGUCCCAUUUCCCCGUCCCCUCCUCUGCUGGAGCCGCCCGCCCGCCCCGCCGUUCUCCUUUCCCUUCCCUUUCCUUCCUUCCCUCCCUCCCCGCCAUGCCGGACCAGAUCUCCGUGUCGGAAUUCGUGUCCGAGACCAAUGAGGAUUACAAGUCGCCCACUGCCUCCAACUUCACGACCCGGAUGGUGCAGUGCCGAAACACCGUGGCGGCCAUCGAGGAGGCACUGGAUGUUGACCGAACUGUUCUUUAUAAAAUGAAGAAAUCUGUAAAAGCCAUAAAUAUUUCUGGUUUGGCUCAUGUGGAAAAUGAAGAACAGUACACUCAAGCUUUGGAGAAAUUUGGCGGAAACUGCGUCUGUAGGGAUGAUCCAGAUUUAGGAACUGCUUUUUUAAAAUUUGCUGUAUUCACAAAGGAGUUGACGGCACUCUUCAAAAACCUGAUCCAGAACAUGAACAAUAUAAUUACUUUUCCACUGGACAGUUUGCUGAAGGGAGAUCUAAAAGGAGUGAAAGGGGAUCUGAAGAAACCUUUUGAUAAAGCAUGGAAAGACUAUGAAACAAAAGUGACAAAAAUAGAAAAAGAGAAAAAAGAGCAUGCUAAAUUACAUGGAAUGAUCCGCACAGAAAUAAGUGGGGCUGAAAUAGCAGAAGAAAUGGAAAAAGAGAGAAGGUUCUUCCAGUUACAAACGUGUGAGUACCUGUUGAAAGUCAAUGAAAUCAAGAUUAAAAAAGGAGUUGAUUUGCUUCAAAACCUGAUCAAAUAUUUCCAUGCACAGUGCAACUUCUUUCAGGAUGGUCUGAAAGCUGUUGAAAGCCUCAAGCCCUCAAUAGAGAAGCUCUCUACAGACCUUCACACAAUAAAGCAGGUGCAGGAUGAAGAAAGGAAGCAAUUGAUUCAACUUAGGGAUAUUUUAAAAUCUGCACUACAGGUUGAUCAGAAAGAGGAUUCUCAGCUCCGUCAAAGUACAACGUAUAGUUUACAUCAGCCUCAGGGCAAUAAGGAGCAUGGGACUGAAAGAGAUGGCAGUCUUUACAAGAAAAGUGAUGGAAUCAGAAAAGUGUGGCAGAAGAGGAAGUGCACAGUUAAAAAUGGUUUCCUUACCAUUUCCCAUGGUACAGCAAACCGACCUCCUGCAAAGCUCAAUCUGUUAACUUGCCAAGUGAAAACAAACCCAGAAGAGAAAAAAUGUUUUGACCUCAUAUCACAUGAUAGAACAUAUCAUUUCCAAGCAGAGGAUGAGCAGGACUGUCAAAUCUGGAUAUCAGUGUUACAGAACAGUAAAGAAGAAGCUUUAAAUAAUGCAUUCAAAGGCGAUGACAAUACAGGAGAAAACAAUAUUGUCCAAGAACUGACAAAAGAAAUAAUCUCUGAUAUACAAAGGAUGCCUGGAAAUGACAUGUGCUGUGACUGUGGAGCUCAAGAUCCUACAUGGCUCUCAACGAAUCUGGGCAUUUUAACUUGCAUUGAAUGUUCAGGAAUCCAUCGAGAACUUGGUGUCCAUUAUUCUAGAAUGCAGUCACUUACAUUAGAUGUGCUGGGAACAUCUGAAUUGCUGCUUGCCAAGAAUAUUGGGAAUGCAGGAUUCAAUGAGAUUAUGGAAUUUUGCCUGCCUGCGGAUGAGUUAGUCAAACCAAAUCCAAGCAGUGAUAUGAAUGCACGAAAAGAUUAUAUUAAUGCCAAAUAUAUUGAAAGAAAAUAUGCAAGAAAAAAAUACUCUGACAACUUAGCUAAACUACAAAGCCUCUGUGAAGCAGUUAGAACAAGAGACAUAUUUGGAUUGGUUCAAGUAUAUGCUGAUGGUGUGGAUCUAACAGAGAAAAUUCCACUAGCAAAUGGACAUGAACAAGAUGAAACGGCCCUUCAUCUUGCUGUGAGAUCAGUUGAUCGGACCUCUCUUCACAUAGUUGACUUCCUAGUGCAGAACAGUGGCAACCUUGACAAGCAGACGUGUAAAGGUAGCACAGCGCUGCAUUACUGCUGUUUGACAGAUAACGUGGAGUGCCUCAAACUGCUACUGAGAGGCAAGGCUUCCAUUGAAAUAGCUAACGAAGCUGGGGAGACACCACUAGAUAUAGCUAAACGCUUAAAACACACGCACUGUGAAGAGCUGCUCGUGCAGGCCCUGGCUGGAAGGCUUAAUUCUCAUGUUCAUGUUGAAUAUGAAUGGCGAUUACUUCAUGAAGAUCUGGAUGAAAGUGAUGAUGAUGUGGAUGAGAAGUUGCAGCAACCAAGCCCUAAUAGAAGAGAAGACAGACCUGUAAGUUUCUAUCAACUAGGAUCAAGCCAACUUCAGCCCAACGUAGCAUCUUUGGCAAGAGAUGCUGCCAAUAUAGCCAAGGACAAACAGAGAGGUUUUAUGCCGAGCUUAUUACAGAAUGAGACCUACGGAGCCAUACUCAGUAGCAGCCCACCUCCCACCCAGCCUGCUGCUCCUGUUACAAGCGCCCCUCCCUUGCCUCCCAGGAACAUUGGAAAAGUUCAGUCUUCAUUUCUUGGCAGUGCUGUUCAGACCACUCCUUCAUCGAACACACUGUGGAAGACAAAUUCUUUAGGAAUGGAAAGCAUAAGCAGGCAAAGAUCUUCAUCAGAUCCACCAACUGUCCAUCCCCCUGUUCCACCAUUGCGUGGAACAUCUACAAAUAUACUCGCGCCAGCACCACCUCCAGUUGCAAAGACAGCCAGUGUCCUUGAAGCUUUGAACCAGCAGUCAAAACAGCCAACUGUGCCACAGACCAAACCUGCACCACCACCACUUCCUCCACAGCCUCCAAGUAGAAUUUCUCAGAAAAAGCCUACUUCUGGGACUGACAAAUCGUCCAGCUUAACUAACAAGACUAAAGGAUCUGGAUCUCUCCAGCAAUCCGGUGCAGGAGAUGCUUCAUCUGAUGGUACAGGAUCACAAAUAGCCCCUUCUACAAACAUGUCAGUACCAAUCCAGCCUCCAGCUCCAAUGCCAAGAAAGUCCCAAAUAUCAAAAACAAAACCCAAGAGGGUAAAAGCAAUUUACAACUGUGUAGCAGAUAAUCCAGAUGAGCUAACAUUCUCAGAGGGUGAUAUCAUCAUUGUUGAUGGUGAGGAAGAUCAGGAAUGGUGGAUUGGGCAUAUUGAUGGUGAUCCUAACCGGAAAGGAGCUUUCCCAGUAUCGUUUGUGCACUUUAUUGUUGACUAAACUGUACCUUGCAGAUGGAGAGAUGUUCCGUUUCUAGAAUUCACUGGGGUUCUCUGCCUGUAAUGGAUGCUUUAUGAGUGAUACACUAUAGCUGGCUCUUCAUUACUGUAUUCCUUUUCAGUUUGUCCACGGGAGGUUUGCUUUAUAAUAAUAGAUCCACUCAAACACUUUCCUUGUGAAUUGGAAAGCCCCACAAGAUCUCAGACCAUAAAAAAUGUGGACCUAGUUUCAAGUAUACUGACAUUCAAUCUCUUUGGAAAGCUUUCUCAGUAUCCUAAGCACCAGAAUUUUUAACUUCAGCAAACAAGGACAAUUCUGACCUUGUAAAGCUUGAGUUUUAAAAGUGGACAGAUCAGCUGAACUUAGAGAUUAAUGGCAUGACUUCCCUAUUUUUUUACAUUUCAGUACCCAUAAUGCAUAUCUAACCUUUGUUUGCACCUAGUGUCUUGAGGCCUGCCUCAGGAUAACACAGCUACAUUGAAAAUCUGAUUUUAAGAGUGGCAGUUCCUACUGCUUUAACUAAAUUCAGGAGAAAAUACAAGGCUGUUCAAGCUAACCCGUGGAUUCUACAGAUUCCUUAUCACUCAUGUCAAUGUCCGUUAGUUAAGAAGAUGAGCUUUGCUGACCACUAUGGGGGAAACACUCGAUUACUUUAUUAAUGAUCACAGUGUUCCGUAAAUGUCCCUAAGGAAAAUAGCACACACAAACCUGCCAUUUUUAUUACAAACAAAAGUAAGGGAUGUUUCUACUCUCUUAGGUCUAAUUACUGUUUAUCCACAAUACUCAAUUGAUUAUAUUAUUAUAACAACUCAGUGUGUGUAAAAACAAAAUCUCACAACCUGCAGCGUGGUAGUCCCAGAAAAAAGGCAGGACACAACUAUCCACAAAGACUGGGCUUUUGCAAGACAAUCCUUUCCCUACUGAAGCCUGACACAAACAUCUAACUGAUCACAAUGCCUAGUCUUGCAAAAAUGAUUCUGAGGACCAAAACCUGAUGCACAAACAAUUAAGAUCUUUAACCUCCAGCAACAAUUUCCCAAUGAGUAAGCCACCUGUAUUUUCCUUCCACUGCUGUUUCAGGCAAUAAAGAUAACAUGCACCUAAUUUAACUGCUAAUAGGGUCUAAUAUCCUGUUCCCUUGUAAUGUAAAGGAAAAGAUAGAAAAUAUUACCUUCCUUAUGGGAAGUGAGCAGAAAGAGUCCUUGCCUGCCUGUUCCAGCUGUACAGUUAAGGAAGAUGCCUUAAGAUGAAGCAGUUCAAUGCAAAUACGCAUGUUGCAGCUUUUGGGUAUAUUGUUAAAGGGAAAAUAGUCCCUGUAAGCUGUAAAAUGGGUUCACAACCUUUUCAGUCUCAAGGGCUGCAUUUGCUGUCAGCUGAGAGGGCACAUGCACCCUUGUUCCACAUACAAACACAUUUCCCUUUGGUACCUGCUGAAAUCUAGGGAUUAGUGGGCAGUAGAGGUAAAUGCACCUUCCAUUCACAAGCUGUAGCCACUGAGAUUGUUGCUUCUGUGCCCCCAUUAGCAACAGGAAAACCUUUGAAUCCAAGGAAAGCGCUUUUUUCCCAGUGACCCAGCUUAUCAGCCAGUCUAUGAGGAUAAGUGGGUGGAUCCUACUGGCUUUAGGGGAAUACAAAUGUGCAGUGAUCCCUGUGGGAAGAUAUUUCCCUGAAGCAGACUUGCAGCAUGAAAGUUCUUGUGUCACCUGGACAUGGUGGAUUUCGCAAUUUUCUUACCAAGAUUUUGUCAUGUGUUCUUGCAACAGCAACCAACCUACCUAGGUGAAACAACCUGCCAGAGAAGAGCUUGUUCUUUUUUUUUCCCCAGCUGCUGAAUUGGCUUCAGGCAAAAUAAUGUUACAUCCUGUUAUAUGUGGGCAUAAACUUUAGCAAGGAAAAUUAUUUUUCAAGCUGUUUUAAUGCUGACAAAAUACACUAUCCUUGCAGCAGUUCCACAAGAAAUGGACAACUAUUUAUUUAUGGAAGAGUUUGUCUAGAAAAACAACCACUUCCAUUAAAGAAAUAUUUUAAUAAUGUGAUGUACUUACUUAGAACCCUGCAUCUGCCUAUGUUUUGCAGAUACAAGGUCAUACUUUUCUAUACUGAAUAUGCAUUUAACAUGUAUUUCAUUUCAUACUUUAGUCAUCUCUGAGGUAAAAAAAAAAGCCAUUACAUACUAUUGGUAAAUGAACUUAGAUGUGGAUUAUAGUUCAUAAAAAUUUGUUUUUUUUUCUUUGAAAACAGAGUAUGGUGUCUCAUUUUUUUUAAGCACAUCAUGGUAUGGUCACACUCAGACUGUGUGAUAGGACAGUGUAGUCGGGUCUUGAUCGGAAUUCUCCGUUUUAAAGUAUAUACCACUGUCCUGCACCCAAACAAUAUUUGGUUGCAGACUCACACUGUGUACUUAAAUAUAUUCUAAAAUAUGGUAGUUGACACUGUUAAUAAUUGUGAAUAGCUUUCAUAAUUCCAAAAGGAUGAUAGACUAUUACAGAACACAGCAAUGUCCUUUUAAUGUUUGUAUAUUGUGAUAUUGUAACAGUUCUUAUUUUGCAUAUGCUACCAAAAGUGUGCACUGGUAGCAUAGGAUUAGAAUAUCAAUGUCCAGGUCACAUUGGCUUUGAUCACAAGUUUUGUGACUAUUGUAUCUCUAGAUUUAUCAAGAGAACUUUGAAUUUCUGACACAGAAAUUAUGUAUAUAUUGGCUAGCAUAGGUUGAAGUAGAUGGGGGAAAAGGGUCAAUUGGUAUAUUUAUAUUGGGGGAAAAUGCUGGAUCUCACCCUUUCCUACUGGCUCACUACAGUGGUACAUUUGAGGCAAUGUCAUACAUGUGGGUGCAAUCAAUUGGCAUAUUAAACUCACCUUGAUACAGGCUGUUGCAGUGUAUGGGGGGGCAAACUGGAAUGUUUCAAGAUAAUUUUGUUGCAAGUUUCAAAGCUUAAGUCUGCAUAUUCAAAGUUCCCACUAAAUAUAUAUGUAUAUUAGAAGAAUAGUUUGCCACUACACGUUUCUUCUUCAGAUGCUGAUGGACUCAGUUUGGCUUUGGACGUUUUGUUAUGUUUCUAUGCCUGUUAAACUCGAGAAAAUGAAUGGGCACAUUUUGCAUAGUUCACGUCUGUACAGUAUUUUAAACACAGAAUCUUUCAAAUACUUUUAUGUGAAAAGCAGCCUUUAGAAGUUUAUUUGGCACUUAAAUUUCAGAUUGGCCACUUUUCAAUGCAUACCCAGGAGAUGCUUGGACCUGACAAAAGCCCUCAUUCCAAACAGAGGGCCUCAAAAAGGUAUGCAGGUCUGUCAGUUGAAAGGGUGGGAAGUUCCAGAUUUUCCUGCAUACACUGACGGUCUUGGGUGCACUUGAUGUGGAUGCUGAGGGCUUAGAAGGCUUCCAAUGGUUCUGUAAAAGCCCAAAUCAUGGUCACUGGAAAUUUUUGAGUAACAGUGCUUUCUCAUACUACAAUAUGAUGGCACUAGGCUUAAAUCAAAGGUGCUUAUUUUAAAAGUUCCUAUUUCUUUCUAUGGCAUUAUUUGACCAUCUAAUUUAGGGUGGGCUGGUAACCUUCAAAUGUUUUGGCCUACAUCUUUCAUCAACCUUAGCCACUAUAGCUGGUGGGAAAAGAUGAGGGAAGCUGUAGCCCAAAACAACCGAAGAACCAUAAGCUGUGCGCCCUUGCACUAACUCAUAAUGAAAAGUCCUGUGUUAUGGUAUUUUUGUUUCGAGCAGAUGCUGCAAUUUCCAGGUCGUGUCAUCUUUCAGAGCUGACAAGAAAAGGCAAUGGUAUUUCAGCUCUGUUUUUGAGCACAUAAGAUUACUGUGUUAACUGUUUUAAAAAGGAACAUAAGACACUUAAAAUACAGCUCAGAAUGCUACUUGAGAUGUACAAUUUUCAUGUGAUGGUUUUAACUGUUUAGUUGCAGAGCAACUGUAUACAUUAUAUAACCUAAAUCAGUUCUUAUUUUUUAGUGUCUGGAUGCAGUGAUUUAUAAUUGGAGCAUGAUUAAUUUUACUUUUGUUAAGCCAGUUGCUUGACUGGAAAAAUAAACUACUUUUAAGCCUCA